AUGGCCGGCGCCCCCGGGCCGCUCCGCCUGGCGCUGCUGCUGCUCGGGGCGGUGGGCAGGGCCGGCCCCCGCCCCCAGGGUGCCACCGUGUCCCUCUCUGAGACAGUGGAGAAAUGGCGAGAAUACCAACGCCAGUGCCAGCGCUUCCUGACCGAGGCUCCGCCCCCAGCCACAGGCCUGUUCUGCAACCGGACCUUUGAUGACUACGCCUGCUGGCCGGAUGGGCCGCCGGGCUCCUUCGUGAACGUCAGCUGCCCCUGGUAUCUGCCCUGGGCCAGCAGCGUGCUGCAGGGUCACGUGUACCGGUUCUGCACCACCGAUGGCCUAUGGCUGCACAAGGACAACUCGAGCCUGCCCUGGAGGGACCUGUCCGAGUGCGAGGAGUCCAAGCGAGGGGACCGAAACUCCCCGGAGCAGCAGCUCCUGUCCCUUUACGUCAUCUACACGGUGGGCUACGCACUCUCCUUCUCCGCUCUGGUCAUCGCCUCGGCCAUCCUCCUGGGCUUCAGACACCUGCACUGUACCCGAAACUACAUCCACCUGAACCUGUUUGCAUCCUUCAUCCUCCGAGCACUGUCUGUCUUCAUCAAGGAUGCAGCCCUCAAGUGGAUGUACAGCACGGCUGCCCAGCAGCACCAGUGGGAUGGGCUCCUUUCCUACCAGGACUCUCUGGGCUGCCGCCUGGCCUUCCUGCUCAUGCAGUACUGCGUGGCGGCCAACUACUACUGGCUCCUGGUGGAGGGGGUGUACCUGUACACGCUGCUGGCCUUCACCGUCUUCUCCGAGCAGCGCAUCUUCAGGCUCUACCUGAGCAUAGGCUGGGGUGUUCCCCUGCUGUUUGUUAUCCCCUGGGGCAUUGUCAAGUACCUCUAUGAGGAUGAGGGCUGCUGGACCAGGAACUCCAACAUGAACUACUGGCUCAUCAUCCGGCUGCCCAUCCUCUUUGCCAUCGGGGUGAACUUCCUCAUCUUUGUCCGGGUUAUCUGCAUUGUGGUGUCCAAACUGAAGACCAAUCUCAUGUGCAAGACAGACACCAAGUGCAGGCUCGCCAAGUCCACGUUGACGCUCAUCCCCCUGCUGGGGACCCACGAGGUCAUCUUCGCCUUCGUGAUGGACGAGCACGCCCGCGGCAUGCUGCGUUUCAUCAAGCUGUUCACAGAGCUCUCCUUCACCUCCUUCCAGGGGCUGAUGGUGGCCAUCUUGUACUGCUUUGUCAACAAUGAGGUCCAGAUGGAGUUUCGGAAGACCUGGGAGCGCUGGCGGCUCGAGCACCUGCACAUCCAGAGGGAGAGCAGCAUGAAACCCUUCAAGUGUCCCACCAGCAGCCUGAGCUGUGAGGGCACAGUGGGCAGCAGUGUGUACGCAGCCUCCUGCCAGGCCUCCUGCAGCUGAGACUCCAGCACCUGCCCUCCCUGUGGUCUCGCCGCCGGCUGGGCAGCCAUCCCAGUGCUCCCUGAAGUUGGAGACGACUAGCAAACUGGGCAACUUUAGCCUAGCAAAGAUGGCACAGCCGCCACGGAGGGCAAACAGUCAGUUCACAUCCAAGCCCCAAAAGGCUUGGUCCCCUCAUCGGUGUGGGCCAUGUUUCAGCAGCUGCUGUCCCCAUUCCCUCCUGUUUCUUCCAGAAGCAAAGAACACUGUGUGUGUGUGUGUGUGUGUGUGUGUGUGUGUGUGUGUGUGUUGUGUUGUGUUGUGUUGUGCAUAGCAGCAUAAAGUUAGGAGAUGAUGAAUCCAGAAUCAUCCCACCCACUGUGAAGGUCAGGGGACCGCAGAGCCUGGGGCAAGGAUGGGUGGGAGCCUGAACGAUAGAUGCUUCCUCUCCAUGCACAGACAGGGCUCCCAUUAUUGCUAAUGCCUGCGACGUGCUCAGGGAAGGCAAGAUACACUCCAAAGGGUUAUUUUCCCUCCACUGAAUUGAUUCUAAUCUACAGUGCUGACCCUGCUUUUGGUUCCUAAGAGCCAAACUCUGUAAAAAAUAUGUCAGCUUACUCUGCUAAGACAGCUAUGUGAAUGACAUGCUAAAACUCAACAGAAACCAAAUUAGUAUCAACUCUUUUUUUUCCUUUUCACGGCUGCAGCGAAUUUUCUUGAGGGGAAAAAAAUGACCCAAUGUGAGAAACUCCUGCAAACAACAUCACCUUGUCCCUACGGUGUCACCUGCUGGCUCAAACCAGCUCUCCUGCCUCAUGCCGUAUCAAGGAAGCGUUGUUAAGCAGUAUAAUUUCAAACACUUAAAGCCACAGUGUGUCCACAGUAUCUAUAAUUAUUUCUGCUCUGGAUACAGAUUGGCAGGAAGCAGAUAAGCAUAAUCAUUUUCCAAUUAACUCCCCAAAGUCUUUUGGACUUGGCCUAUACCUGAAUCUAUCAGAGGAGAGAGUUUUCUCUCUUCCCUUCUCCCACCCCCAUUCCAACCAGUUUUUCGGGAUCUCAUCCAGCAGGGGUGCAUUUGUCCCCUGAGGCAUCCGACCUCCUCCCCAGCCCCACAUUUACCCCCUCUCACCUCCCAUCCCUGAGGUGAGCUUCCCACACUUCUCCCCCAGCUGCCUCAGUAAGAGGUGACCCUGCCAGGUGUGCUGGGAAUGCCGUGCUCUUGGCUGUGCCCGAUUUCGGGGUGCAGCUGAGAGUGAGGCGUUGCCAGGGCUGAAGUGAUGCCCCACAUCCCACACUCUGGCACAGCGAGGAGCACUGCAGCCAGCAGCGUGGAUCCUAACUUACAUUGGGGUUAUGCAACCUUGCGGAUGGGGCCUGUCAAAACUAUCAGUCAUCAGUCAACCCCGGCAAUCUAGCGUGACUAAUUAUCUCUGUUGUCAGAGCAAUCCAGGAGAAGAAAAACAUAUAUAAAUGAGAGUGUUUGGAUUUGGUGGGAAAAAUAGAGCUCCCAGCAAAGUAUGGAACAUACAACAAGUGAGGGUCUAGGCUUUCCUGCAAGGGGAACCAGUGGGGGUGGUCAGGAAGGGGCAAGAUUCGCAGCAGACAGACAGACAGACAGCGCUGGAUCUUGCCAAAUGGUUCACGCUUUACUUCCAAAUCUGCAGUUCCUCUAAGCUCCUCCCACUAAAAAUAAUCACACCCUCAGAGCAGAUAAACCUGAACAUUAGUUUUGGAGGGGGGUUGACGCAGAGCUUAGGUGCACCAAGAGAGACGCGAGCCAAGCUCUCAGGAGGGACAAAGCUGACUUUUAUCUUCAGUGCUCUCGGGGCAUGUGUGCGCUUCAUGAAUGUUUAAACAAGGUAGUCUUCAUGUGAUUUCUUAAUGCAUAAAUUCAUAUAAAAUAUGACCUGCGUCUAUAGGUAGCAAAUGUGUAUGGUGUAUAAUUCCUUGUACAGAUGUGAAUGGAUUCGGGCUCUUUCCUAAUUUGCCUUGUAAGUCAAAUAAAAGCCUGUCGUUACUGUG